AUGAAUCAUACUCGGGUGACAGAAUUUGUGUUGCUGGGACUCUCCAGUUCCAAGGAGCUACAGCCUGUCUUGUUUUUCAUCUUCUCACUGCUCUACCUUGCAAUUCUGCUGGGCAACUUCCUCAUCAUCCUCACCGUGACCUCGGAUUCCCGCCUUCACACUCCCAUGUACUUUCUGCUUGCAAACCUCUCUUUCAUAGACAUAUGUGUUGCCUCUUUUGCUACCCCCAAAAUGAUUGCAGACUUACUGGUUGAGCGCAAGACUAUUUCUUUUGAAGCCUGCCUAACUCAGAUUUUCUGUGUUCAUCUCUUCGCUGGCGGUGAAAUGGUUAUCCUUGUAUCCAUGGCCUAUGACCGCUAUGUUGCCAUCUGCAAGCCUCUGCAUUACAUGACCAUCAUGAGUCGCCGUGUUUGUAUAAUUCUUGUCCUCAUUCCAUGGUCUGUGGGCUUCAUCCACACCACUAGCCAGUUGGCAUUUACUGUUAACUUGCCUUUUUGUGGCCCUAAUCAGGUUGACAGUUUUUUCUGUGACCUGCCUCUAGUGACCAAGCUAGCCUGUAGAGACACUUAUGUGAUCAGCUUACUAAUAGUUGCAGACAGUGGCUUUCUUUCAUUGAGCUCCUUUCUCCUUUUGGUGGUGUCCUACACUGUGAUUCUUAUUACAGUCAGGAGCCGCUCCUCUGCUAGCAUGGCCAAGGCCCGCUCCACGCUGACUGCUCACAUCACUGUGGUCAUACUCUUUUUUGGACCCUGCAUUUUUAUCUAUGUGUGGCCCUUCAGUGGUUACUCAGUUGACAAGGUGCUUGCUGUGUUCUACACCAUCUUUACUCCUAUCCUAAACCCUGUUAUUUACACUCUGAGGAACAAAGAAAUGAAAGCAGCUAUGUCCAAGCUGAAGAGUCGGUAUCUGAAGCCUGGCCAGUUUUCUGUACUGAUAAGAAAUGCUCUUUUCCUCAAAACAAAGUAA